AGCAGCUCACAGACGGUCAGGUACAAGCAGCCAGUAUAGACUGGGACUUGACAACCAGUGGACCUCCUGUCGAGUUUUCAUUGGCAGAAGAGAAAGCUAUUAAUCAAAGACGGUGAAUUGUAUAGGAUUAUACCAGGGAGUGUUUGCUGUUUUCUACCAACACACCAUAAGUAUAGACUUGCAGUUGCAUGGAGGACAACAGGUGUGGAUUUAAGGACCGGUGAAGUCAUGAUGUUGAAGAGGAGACAAUAAAGUGGAGCUUAUUUAGCGUCAGUAGCAGUUAGAUGCGUCUGUCCCCUCGUCCGUGACGAUGACGAUGAAGGGCUUGUCGAGUAGCCGGAGACACCAUCACAUGGUGACCUGUGACCCCUCCUAUGACUCCAUGACCCUGGGGCGCCAAGCCCGGCCCUACCCGCUGAACCCGGGCAAUGCCCACCCGGCGGACCACCCUUACUAUGCCCAGCGAAGCUCCUUCCAGUCUGAGUGCGGGCCCUACCCUGACCCGGCUAGCAGCACCUUCCCCCGAAGACACUACAGCUCACACCAUGAAUUGAAGGAUGAGUGUGCUGUGGUGCCUUACACCGGAGGCCAGGGGGGAGGAAUUAAAAACAACCGCAUCCCCCCCAACCUUCUGGAGCAGUUUGAACGGCAGGCGCCGGCACGCCAUGACGGCUACCACACACUGCAGUACAAAUGCACAGCGGUGGCGCACCAGCGUAGUGACAGUCCAGGGAGGAUCCGGCAUCUUGUCCACUCGGUCCAAAAGCUCUUCACCAAGUCCCACUCCCUGGAAGGCCCAUCCGGGGAUAGGAUGAACGGGGGCAAGGCCAGCUCUGACGACCCGCCCUCCCACUCGGGCACCCUGAAGCACAGCAGCAAGCGCAGCAAGAGCAAAGACCGCAGCAGGUCGGAGCCCAAGAUGCGCUCAGCCAUCUCAGGCUACUGGAGCUCGGACGAUACCCUGGACCGCGAGGUGUGCCUGUACCACCACCACAGCCCCAUCCCAGGAGGCAUGCCCUCGGGGGUGAUGACCAUGGGCCGCCACCCAGGCAAGUCCCAGUCACAGUACUUCAUGGAGCAGUACAACACCAUCAGUGCCCACUCGCUGAAGACGUCACGAAGCAACAACGACGUCAAGUGUUCUACAUGCGCCGGGUUGCCGGGACUGGGCACGGGGAUGGACGGGACUGGCCAACUGCUGAAGAAGAGCUCGUGGUCAUCAACGCUGACGGUCAGUAGGGCCAGGGAAGUGUACCAGAAAGCAUCGGUCAACCUGGACAAAGUCCCGGUCAAGGCUGAUACCUGCCAGCGGGGGGGGCGCCAGAUCUGUCAAUUCCUCCAGGUACCCCAGGACGAGUGGAGUAGGGGGUUCUUGUCCGUGGGGAAAGACGAGGAGAUCCCAUGCAGGCGUAUGCGCAGUGGCAGCUACAUCAAGGCCAUGGCGGAGGAAGACAGCGGCGACUCAGACUGCAGCCCCAAGCCCUCGCCCAAGGUGCAGGCGCGCCGGGCGAGCUAUCUGAAGGCCACACAGCCAUCGCUCACCGAGAUGACCACCCUCAAGAUCUCCACCGAGUCGCACUCUCCCAAGCUGCAGAUCCGGAGCCACAGCUACCUGCGUGCGGUGAGUGAGGUUUCCAUCAAUAGAAGCCUGGACAGCUUGGACCCGGCAGGGCUGCUGGCCUCGCCCAAAUUCCGCUCGCGAAACGAGAGCUACAUGAGAGCCAUGCGCACCAUUAGCCAGGUGAGCGAGGUGGAGGUGAACGGACAGAUCGAGGCAGUGUGUGAGUCUGUUUUCAGUGAGAUGGAGUCUCAAGCGGUGGAUGCUCUGGACCUCCCCAUGUCAGGCUGCUUCCGCAUGCGCAGUCACAGCUAUGUCCGGGCCAUCGAGAAGGGCUGCUCCCAAGAUGAGGAGGACAGGGUCACCAUGGUGGGGGGAAACAUGAGGGCUAUCUCAGCCCCCCGGGCCACCACCACCGUCAGGACCAUCCAGAGCAGCACAGUGUCGUCAUGCAUUACCGCGUACAAGAAGACGCCUCCGCCGGUGCCGCCGCGCACCACCCCACCCAAACCUGUCAUCUCCAUCACGGCCCAAAGCAGCACCGAGUCGGCCCAGGACGCAUACAUGGACGAGGGGUCAGGCCUCCGGACCCGGAUCAGCACAUCCCAGCCCCACCUGUCCAACUCCACCGAGAGCAUCGACAGUAUGAAGGCCCUGACUGCAGCUAUCGAGGCAGCUAACGCCCAGGUCCACGGCCCGGCCAGCCAGCACGUCACCAACAGCACCAUCACCGUCACCGCCACCGCCACCACCACUGCCUCCAGCGACAGCAAGAGGGACGCGCUCCGGAAGUGCCUCUCCAUAGGGAUACAGGUGGAUGGACCCGAGGAGGUUAGGGCGACAGAGGAGCACUCCAAGUUCCAGUCAGUGGGUAUCCAGGUGGAAGAGGAGAGAUGUUACCGCAGGAUGACCAGGUCCAACAGUGUGACCACGGCGGUCCAGGCCGACCUAGACGACCCUGACUACUAUCCCAUCGACGCUCCAGAGAUGGCGAUGCGCCACUCGGCCACCAUGCCCCGCCAGUACUCCCGGGACUCCGCCACCUCCACCGUCUCCAUCCAGGGCUCGGGCAACCACUACCACGCCCUGACUGUGGAGGAGUACGGCGAGGUGGGUGUCGACCCAUCCAUCCUGCCCCCACCCGACCCCUGGAUGGACCAAGUGGAGGGCCCAAUGGAGGUGGUGGAGGGGAGGGGGUCGUUGUGUCCCAGGGAUGGGCGCUGGUUCCUCAAGCUGCUGCAGGCUGAGAUGGAGCGCAUGGAGGGCUGGUGCAGACAGAUGGAGCAGGAAGAGAUGGAGAACGAGCUGCCGGACGAGAUCCUGGGGAAGAUCCGCAGUGCAGUAGGCAGCGCCCAGCUGCUCAUGUCUCAGAAGUUCCAGCAGUUUCGGGAGCUGUGUGAGGAGAACCUGAACCCCAAUGCCAACCCCAGGCCCAUCUCCCAGGAUCUGGCUGGUUUCUGGGACAUGCUGCAGCUGUCCAUCGAAAACAUCAGCCUAAAGUUUGAUGAGCUGCACCAACUCAAAGCCAACAACUGGAGACCCCUGGACCCCCCUGUGAUAAAGGAGAGACGGUUCGCCCCUCCAGUGCCAAAGAAGCCCCACAGGGGCCACCCUCCCCUGGCCAGGGACCGUUCUCUGGAGAGCUCCGUUAGACAGCGGCUGGAGGCUCGCAAACGUCUGCUGGCUGCCAAGCGGGCCCUCGCGGUCCGACAGAGCUCUGUCACCGAGAGCACAGCAGACAGUAUUGAGAUCUACAUCCCCGAGGCCCAGACCAGACUAUGAGACACACACAGAUAGAGACAGAGACCCUCCCACACACACACACACACACACACACACACACACACACACACACACACACACACACACACACACACACACACACACACACACACACACACACACACACACACACACACACACACACGCACCUACAAUGGUGCACGCAAACACCCACACAGGCACACUCAGCACUGAAUGGCGAGGGUAGAGUGCUUGUAAUAUGAUCACAUCUUUAUUUACUUCAACAAAAGAGGGGGGACGGUCACAGCUCUAUAGUUGAGUGAGGAUACUGUAUAUUUAUGAAUUUUUAUCCUCUCCAUUUGAUCCUCUCCGUUGAACUUUCAGCUUUGACGUAGCCCCCCCCCACUCCUCACUCCCAGCGAUGUUUCUUCUUGUGAUGUCAACUCUUCUUACCAAUAUUCCACCAACCAAGUGACCUGUUGUCACCCAAACAACAGGUAUACCAGUACCACAGCAUUGAGGCAUAAUGUAUAAUGUUUCUGAUUCAUUGGAACAGAAGGAAAGUUACGGAGGGAGGGGUAGUGUACUAGUGGGUCUAGACGGAGUGCUGUCAGGGCACACUAGCUAAUCCUGUUGGGUGUCAGAAAGCCUGAGACAGCAACUGUGUCCCACAUGACACCCUACUUCUUAAAUAGAGCACUGUUUUUGUGCACUACCUCGUGCACAAAAACAAUAACUACCUAGGGAGUUAUUUGAGACAUAGCCAGCCUCUCUACUCUGGUGACCCUGGGUGAGGCUGCUACUGUGACUCACAGCACAAUAACAGCAGACAAUAGGGAAACUCAGUCUCUUUCCCCCUGUGGGAUACUACUGUCACGGGGUUCACAACACACACACACACACACACACAUGCACACGCACACGCACACACACACACACACACACACAUACGCAUGGAUGUACACUCAUUUGAGGUAACUUGCCUAAACCUGUUUGAAUUGUUAGGGAGAACACCUGAGACAUGUCCAAAACCUUCUGGAGACAUACGAGACAACUGUUUUAAAUGUUUCAAUUAGGAUUCAAUCCUAACUUCGAUUUAAGUAAUAUUUUCACUUAGUCACUUCGCCCCUUAUUAUUGAAAUCCAGGGAACAGCGGCUCUACAUGACUUGGCAAUGAAAUCACACACAUAAGCAUUUUAGUGAGUCACCAUAUUUAAAAAACAAUGAAAUGCAAAGAAAAAGGGUAUACACUAAUGGUUUGAUACAAUGAUUUUAGUCCAACACCUAUGAACACCUAGAUGUUCUAUUAGAGCAACAUACAUUUAUCACACACUAUUUUGUUAUUGUACUUUCAGAGUACUCUGAGAGACUUUGCGCAGUAGCUGAAUCAACACAGUCCGAAGGUGUUCAACGUAGACAAUAAUAUCAAUGUGCAAAAAUGACUUUCAUUUGUAAAAUCCAAAACUUUUAUAAAAUGGGAUUUGGAUGAGAGUUGUAGCUUGGGAUUCAUAGUAUUUACCAAUAAUCAAUACAGGUCUUUGUAGAGGAAAAAAAUCGAAUAAAUAAAUCAACUCUGUGUCGGACAAUGACACUAUUCUUCCUUUUCUCCAAAUGCAGCCUUUCCAGUUACAGGAGCAGUGGCAUGAUUCUGAACUUUAGGGGUUAUAGGUCACAGGGUCACGUCCGUCUGUCUACCCUCAGAUGUGGUAGGAUUCUAGGGUUGACAACGCUAAUCCUGCCAGGUAGUCAGGUAUGGAGUUAGAUGGGCUCAUGGCAAGCUCUCAGAGAGAGGUCAGUGCAUUGAAAUCAGGGUCUGCCAGAAUAAAAAUGGUGAUUGACAGUUUAGCAGACUCUCUUAUCCAGAGCGACUUACAGGAGGAUGUAGGGUUAGGUGCCUUGCUCAAGGGCAGAUAAACAGAUUUUCCACGUAGUCAGCUUGGGGAUUCAAACCAGCAACCAUUCAGUUACUGGCCAAGCAUUAUUAACCGCUAGGCUACCUGCUGCCCCAUUUAGUGUGCGAGUGUGUGCGUGCGUGUGAGUGUGCGUGCCUGUGUCUUUGAGUGCAGGUGUAUGUGUGUAUCUAAUGUGUAUGUGAGUAUAUGGGGUUUACCUGCUUGUUUCUGAAGUGCUUCCUAUUUUUCAAGGUCCAAACGGGCCUUUCUUUUCACUAUGGAUGUGUCCUAAAUGGUACCCCAUUCCCUAUAUAAUGCAAUACUUUUGACCCUUGGCCUAUAGAGCUCUGGUCAAAAGUAGUGCACUAUGUAGGGAAUGGGGUACCAUUUGGGACGGAGCCUCUGAUUAACGUAGCGGAAUCGACAUACUGUUAGUCCGUACCUAAACAAGCCCUGCCUAUCAUUUUCAACGGAACGAUAUAUGCCUGCACGUAUGAAGAACAUACGACUGACUACAUAAUACGCAUGCCGACAUGAGCUAAUUGAAAUGUCUUCAUGUCAUUCUUUUCGUUUUGAACUUAUUUCAUUCUGUUUAUCAUAUUGUGCUGAUAAUACAAUUUGUCCUUAAGUUUAAAAAAGAGUCGCCUACUGCCGAUGUUCCUUUACUUUACGGGUAUCUUUAAAUGUAAAGUGUUACCAAUGUUCUACAUGACAAGCUAUUUUGUUAUUCUAUCAAACGACAGUGGGAAUUAUUUUCUCUGCAUCCAAACUGACACGCAACCACUUGAAAGUAAUAUAAAAAUAAUACAAAGUGUUUAA